CGAGCUGCUCUUUUUGAAUGGGAUGAUCCCUGUGUAUGUCUGACGUCCUGGGAUAGUUCCAGGAGCUGCGGAUGAAUUCCGCACGAAGGCACUGAGGCUCCAGUCAGACUGACGCCGCGGCGCUCGCUCCAUCCAAACACACGCGCUGUACACCUCCGAUCGGCGCGAGAUCCGGCGUUCGGCUGUUUCGCGGAAUUACCCGACCGCGUGGAUUGUUACUCGACUCCUCACGUUAAGCAGAUCGUUUUCUGCAUCGGAAAGGUUCGGCAGGAAAGGAGAGGACGAAUAGAUUAAUGCUUUUUUCUAUAUCCGCCUGUAUCUUAAAGAAAUAAACUGAGGUUCCUGGGUUGGAGUGAUUUAAAACAGAUUUACCCAAAGCUCUGAGAAAAAUCCAUCACAUGAUGCACUCCACUACAUCCAUCACGUCCCUCUUCUCCUUCACCAGUCCAGCUGUUAAAAGGCUGCUGGGCUGGAAACAAGGAGACGAGGAGGAAAAGUGGGCGGAAAAGGCUGUGGAUUCCCUCGUAAAGAAGCUCAAGAAGAAAAAAGGGGCCAUGGAAGAGCUGGAAAAGGCUCUGAGCUGUCCUGGCCAGCCCAGUAAAUGCGUUACCAUUCCUCGGUCCCUGGACGGAAGGCUCCAGGUGUCUCACCGUAAAGGCCUGCCGCACGUUAUCUACUGCAGAGUGUGGCGCUGGCCGGAUCUUCAGUCCCACCAUGAGCUCAAAGCGCUGGACUGCUGCGAGUUUCCUUUCGGCUCUAAGCAAAAGGAGAUCUGCAUCAAUCCAUAUCAUUACCGCCGCGUGGAGACGCCAGUUCUGCCCCCGGUUCUUGUACCACGUCACAGUGAGUUUAAUCCCCAGCACAGCUUAUUGGCAAAGUUCAGAAAUGCUUCCCUACACAACGAGCCUCUCAUGCCCCAGAAUGCCACUUACCCAGACUCCUUCCCAGCGAUGCCCUGUAGCUCAUUCUCUUCAUCCCCCUCCAGCUCUUUAAACCAGUCCCCGACCGCACACAGCUACCCCAACUCCCCCAGCAGUGGGACCGAACCUGGCAGCCCCUACCAAAUUACAGAGACGCCUCCGCCACCCUACAGUAUGAUGGAGACCCCUCCGUCUGAGGAUGUGAAACCAGGGGAAUCCUCCAACACCAAUAAACUCAUUCUGUCAGCCCCGCAUAGAGACUUGAGGCCGGUGUGUUAUGAGGAACCAGAAUACUGGUGUUCAGUGGCAUAUUAUGAGCUAAACAACAGGGUGGGUGAGACGUUCCAUGCCUCUUCCAGAAGCAUCCUCGUCGACGGCUUCACGGACCCCUCCAACAACAAGAACCGCUUCUGCCUCGGAUUGCUCUCCAACGUCAACCGAAACUCCACCAUUGAACACACUCGCAGACACAUAGGCAAAGGUGUGCACUUGUAUUACGUCGGAGGAGAGGUGUAUGCAGAGUGUCUGAGUGACAGCAGUAUUUUCGUGCAGAGUCGGAACUGUAACUACCAGCACGGUUUCCAUCCCACCACUGUCUGCAAGAUCCCCAGUGGAUGCAGCCUGAAGAUCUUCAACAACCAGCUGUUUGCCCAGCUGCUGUCACAGUCUGUCAAUCACGGCUUCGAGGUGGUGUAUGAACUUACCAAGAUGUGCACCAUCAGGAUGAGCUUUGUCAAGGGCUGGGGAGCAGAGUACCACCGCCAGGAUGUCACCAGCACCCCCUGCUGGAUAGAAAUCCACCUGCAUGGGCCGCUGCAGUGGCUAGACAAAGUUCUGACCCAGAUGGGCUCCCCACACAAUCCUAUUUCCUCCGUGUCCUAAUGCACUACAGAACAAGGGGAAUAAAGCUCUCCGAUAGACUUUUAUAGUGCCCCGAGACACAUAAUGCUCUUUCUUUUGUGAAAAUAUCUUUUCAUUGGAUGUUUAUGGUACUGCUAUAGGAUCAUCCUGGAAAUAUGUACAAUAUCAUUCUAAGUAAGCAGUGGUUAGAUGAGUGUUGCAAUGAUUUUAAUAAAGACAAAAACAGUACUACUUCUUUACAGUACGUAGUAGCUGAGAUCAAUUCAGACCGAAACUCCCUAAUAGGAAGCCAAAGGAAUGUUUUAGGCGGGUACUUGAUCAGGAGAUGUUUUAUUCGUGUCAUAUUUUGACUAAUAUGUAUCUUCCAUAACAUUUCAUGUUGUUUUUCAUUUGCGUUAGUUUUCGUGUUCUUGUAAUACAAAAAAAAAAUCAUUUAUUUGUGCCUGUUUAUUUUCCGACCUAAAAAAUCCAUAAGUAUUAAUGCUUUUAAAGCUGAAAACUGCACAAGAUUGAUAAAACUUCAUUGGAACGCCUUCAGCAAUGUUUAAAAUAAUAAUAAAGCCGAUGAACAAUUCUGUUUGCAUGUUACUUUCAGAUGUGGUCAAGAUGUGGCAAAAAAGGUGGAACUAAAAUCUAGCUUUCGUUGGUGACAAUAUUACAGAUUAGAUUAAGAUCGCCAACAUUUUUGUUUUGAUAUCAGCUGCCAUUUUAUGUUUUCUAUCGACAAUUUAAAAAACCUAAAAGACAGGGGGGUUGACGAAUGGUAGAUGUUGCAGCUAAAGAGCUUGAUGAUGACAGAAGUACUUCAGAUCAAUCAGAUCCUUGUCGGAUAUCCAAGUUUUUAGUCGAUAGUCUCCACACCUUCGAGGAUGGCUGUAGGUCACAGAUGCUCACGGUUCUCACAGGAGUAUGGAAAACUUCCAUUUGUAAAAAAUGUCAUUGAAAAUGUGUCUGCAUUAAAUCGUUGACAGAAUGAGUAAAACGUCUUCAGUAGU